GGAAAUUGACCUAGGCAUCGGCAAUGGGGGUUGCCUGUUCAGUCAUAAGUGCAAAGGGAAGGAGACACCAAGGCGCCAGUGUCUCCCCAGCAGUUGUCCAGCCCUCUGGCUAUUAGAGCCUCUGGUGGGAGUGGGAGGCCCCGGAGCCACCCCGCCUUUGCCUACCCUUCAGCUCGCUGUUUCCUCUGCUGGCUGCCGCCGCACCAACACCGCCCAGGCAGAGGCGGCGGGUCCUCCAGCUCAGCUCGGCUGAGCUGGCUGGGCGCCACCUGUCCUGUAUCACUAGGGCGCACAAAGUGACCCCGAAGCUCGGGUGGCAGCGGGUUGACUGUGAGCCACGGGCCGGCGGUGUCGGAGGCCCUCUACUCAACCUGCGCCCUCUCUCGCCCGGCCCCCGCUGGGGGAGGUGCUGGUAUUCCAAUCUCAGCCCAGACACCCGGAUGCCCAGGGUCUCCGCCCGCUGCCGCCCCCAGCUGUCCCCGCCCCUUCUCCCGCCUCCGUACCUGCCCCGCCCAGUCCCUCCGCCUUCUGUGACGCAGAGGGGCAGGCCUGGCGGGGCCCGGGCGGGUGGGGAUCUCGCUUACUGCUUCCUUGCGGAGCUGCGCGGUCCCCGGAGCUUGGUCUUUUCUCGCUACAACCUUCGCGGGGCAGGGACCGGGUCGGAAGGUCGGGUCAGCUGGGAGCGGAGGGGAGCGGAGACCUGGGCACGCCGCCGAGGGCGCGCAGCGCGCGCAAGGCUUGGGCUGUUACAUGCUCAGUUGUCUUCAGAUGGAUGGGACAGAGAGCCGACAGCGGAGGCCAGAUGACUGUGGCAGGCCACAGGAGCUGGGGCUGCCACACCCCCUCAGCACAGCAAGACUCCUUGCAGCCCCAGAGGGUAGACCUCUGAGAGUCUCCACGAGCCAAAGGGUGGCCCCCAAACCACUGGAUACUGAGUACAGCAAGGAGACUGCCUUGUCCAUGGGCCUCCAGGUGGCUGUGCCCUUUGUGUUUGCAGGCCUAGGGUUGUCCUGGGCUGGCAUGCUUCUGAACUAUUUCCAGCACUGGCCUGUGUUUAUGGAAGUUAAAGAUCUUUUGACGUUGGUGCCGCCUCUUGUGGGCCUGAAGGGGAAUCUGGAGAUGACGCUGGCAUCCAGGCUCUCCACAGCUGCCAACACUGGACAAAUUGAUGACCCCCAGGAGAAACACAGAGUCAUCAGCAGCAACCUUGCCCUCAUUCAGGUGCAGGCCACUGUCGUGGGGCUCCUGGCUGCUGUGGCCGUGCUGCUUUUGGGUGCUGUGUCCUGGGAGGAGUUAGACUUGGCCAAGGUGGGGUUGGUGUGUGCCAGCAGCCUCCUCACCGCAUUCCUUGCAGCCUUCGCCCUGGGAAUACUGAUGGUCUGUAUAGUGACUGGUGCUCGAAAGCUUGGGGUCAACCCAGACAAUGUUGCCACACCCAUUGCAGCCAGCCUGGGAGACCUCAUCACACUAUCCAUUCUGGCUCUCGUUAGCAACUUCUUCUUUGGACACAAAGACAUUUGGUUUCUGAUGCCCCUGGUCUGCAUUGGCUUCGUGGCUCUGAUUCCUCUGUGGGUCCUCAUUGCCAAGAAGAGCCCGCCUGUCAUGAAGAUCCUGAAGUUUGGCUGGGUCCCCAUCAUCCUGGCAAUGGUUAUCAGCAGUUUUGGAGGGCUCAUCUUGAGGAAAACCACUUCUAAGCAGCAGUUCAAAGGCAUGGCCAUAUUCACUCCCAUCAUAUGCGGUGUUGGUGGCAAUCUAGUGGCUAUUCACACCAGCCGAAUCUCUACUUACCUGCACAUUUGGAGCACACCUGGGGUCCUACCCCUCUGGAUGAAAAAAUUCUGGCCUAACCCACAUUCUACUUUCUGUAUGCCAGAAACCAAUUCUAUAUCAGCUCGAGUCCUGCUCUUUCUGGUGGUCCCAGGCCAUCUGAUUUUCUUCUAUGUCAUCCACCUUGUGGAAGGUCAGUCGGUCACAAGCAGCAAGACUUUUGUGGCACUCUAUCUUCUAGCAGGCCUGAUCCAGGUGGCAAUCCUGCUGUACCUGUCAGAAGUGAUGGUUCGGCUGACUUGGUACCAGUCCUUGGAUCCUGACAACCACUGCAUCCCCUACCUCACAGGGCUGGGGGACCUGCUGGGGACUGGCCUCCUGGCACUCUGCUUCCUCAUCGACUGGUUGCUGAGGACCACAUUAGAGCUGGAUAGCAUCCCAGACCUGGCAUCUGGACCUCCCUAACUGGGUCCAGCUGGCUCCAGUGGCUCAGUAGAAUUUUCUCUCACACCAAUGUGAUACAGAAUGCAGUUUCUCCCUUGCUGGGUCCUUGGCCUUGCCAACCCCCAGUCUCUGCAGUAGACUUUAGUCAUUGUGCUCAGGAGACACACACACCCCUCAGCUCUGCAUUUGGUACCUGGGUUCAUGACAGAGCCCUGAAAUGUUGUGUGUGUGAGUGGAGAGUGGAGUGUUCCAGCCUGAGCAGCCAAGGGCGUGUUUCUGUGUGCUGUGCAAAGCAUUUGCCCCUUUCCAAGCCGUUUAGCCCAGAUUGUAGGGAAACAGGAAGGAGCUCCUUUCUUUCCUCAAGCCUCAGGACUCUGAAGCUGUGGCUUAACUGUUGUCUUUCUCAGGUUCAAGGUUCCUGGGUGCCCCUGCUGCUAGGCCCUGAGAAUGUGCAGCCUCCCUGGGGCUGGGCCUUGCCUGCCACUUCAUCUGCUCCUAGCAUUUAAUCUUGUCAUUGCUUUCUUUUUAUUUUCCUUUUCAUUAUCAGAAACCUCUGUUUAGAUUUAGUUGAUCAAAAUUUUAAAGUAAAACACUGAUAAUGUUGUACUUGGCUUUUCGUGCCUUUGAAGAUAAUUUAAGGCCCCCAUGAGGCUUGUAGUCUGUAAGUAACAAAAACCUCUGACAUUUCUCCAGUGCAGUGUCUCUCAAAUGUGGUCUCCAGUUUAGCAGCAUCAGUGUCAUCAGGACAUGUUUUAGAAACACAAACUAUCCACCCCUGGGCCUGCCAAAUGACUUGGGGCAGAGCACCCAAGGGUUUAACAGGCCCAGCUGCCGAUUCUUUCUCAGGCACCCCCACUCCAAAACUUCACCUUUGAAGUGUGCACACUCUCUGUUUCUUAACUCCUCAAUAACAACUUUAGCCAUGUUUGGGCCUGAACACUACAAAUGUUGAUAUAGAACCUUUUGUAUCUCAGUCAGUAUCCCUUGAAGGAAAGUGAUGGCCUGCUAAGGGGGUAUUGGGGCAGAG